AGAAAGUAAACAAGGUGUUUGCAAAAAUGCCAAAGUACCCUCAGAAUUCAAUUUUAAGUACUUCUCUUUCCCUAUUCCAGUAAUCUCUCUCUAUCUCUUCGGUUUUUUUUUUUUCAACUCUUUUCUUUCUCUCUUUCCCCUUCACCUCCUUUCUAUUUGACCGUAUUUUUUCACACACACACACAGUUGAAGAAGAACUUCUCAACAAUGGCAAACUCACCGAGAUUUCAAGAAAAUCAAAUCCCUGGUUUAAUUCCAUCUCCAAAGAGCUACAGUCCGAACAAUAGUUCAACCAGCAGCAGCAGCACCACCAGCGGCAGCAAUAAUAAUGGUCUCCACCACCACCACCACUCCCACCACCGUCCGCCGACGACCCCAACCGGUAUGGCACCUCAAUCCCCUGUUCCCAUUACGAGAUCCGAACCGAACAGCCCUUACCCGACCACCUUCGUUCAAGCGGAUUCCUCUUCCUUCAAGCAAGUCGUCCAAAUGCUGACCGGAUCUUCCGAGACAGCUAAGCACGCAUCCGGAUCUGCCCGACCCGAUUCUACAUCCGCCGCCGCCGCCGCGAUGAAGAACCAUUCAAUCCCACCCAUCAAGAGCACCACCAAAAAGGACAAAUCUGCAUCCAGGCUGUACGAGAGGAGGAACAGCCUGAAGAACUUCAAGCUCAGCCCUUUGGCUCCGGGUUUUGUAAACCGGCCGGUUUUUUCGUCGAAUUCUCCCAGAACCGGUACGCCGGAGCUCCUGUCGCCGAGCCUCCUCGAUUUUCCUUCUCUGGCUCUCAGCCCAGUCACUCCGCUCAUACCCGACCCGUUUAACAGAUCCCCUCACAGCGGCGGGUCAAGUAGUAGUAGCAAUUUGGACGUGGAGGCCGAGGAGAAAGCAAUUGCCAAAAAGGGAUUUUAUUUCCAUCCAUCGCCGUCGACUACUCCGAGGGAAUCAGAGCCUCCCCGGCUCUUGCCCUUAUUUCCGGUGACUUCCCCUAGAGUUUCAGGUUCUAUAAGUUCCGAUUCUUGAGUGAGUGAAAAAUUUUAUUCCUUAAUUUAAUUUCAAGUAUUUUUUCCCCCACCCUUACUUUUUUGAUGUCCAUCUAAAUGUAAAAUCAACAUAGACGAUAUGAAUUUGGAAUUGAUGAGGGCUAGCCGAGAAUCAAACGGGAAAUGUUGUAUGUGUAAGCAUAAUGUAAUUGGCCAUUUGAUUAAGAAUGAAAUUGGGUUUCAGGGGCCUCAAUUACCCCCUCAAAUUUGUAUAAUUUCUAUUCCCCUGUUCUUUAUUUUCUCUUCUCUGUAAAUUUCAUCCGCACCAUAGUAGUAAUUGAAUUUCUUGGUGGAUGUAAAAAUUUAAAAAAUAAUAAAAUGGUCUACUGUUGUUUCAAUACUCCGUACAAUUAUUUGGUUUGUUAAAUUGGAGCAAUAUAUUUUAGCGUAAUAAUUGUGAAUAAAAUCGCAAUGGUAAGUGGGAUUUGCUAUGGUUAUGCUCGUGCGGUGUGAUUGUUCUUCUGAUUUUUGGAGUUUCCAAAAGAUAGUGCACAUGGUACAGUUCAAAAGGAG